CAAGCAUCACAGGGAUGCAUGACAUAGGCUGAGUGACAGCAGCCAGUCUUUGACAGGAGAUAGCGUUCUCACAGAGGGCGAAAGGGUGUUCUUACAACCAAGAUGGCUGCCUUUGAUGACAACAGCACCUACUCGCUGAAUCUGAGUGCCUUCAACUACUGUGAUUUUUCAGAAGAUUUUAAAUACAUCCUGCUCCCUGUCAGCUAUGCGCUGGUCUUUGUGGUCGGCCUGGCGCUGAAUGCCACAGCGCUGUACGUGAUCGUGUUCCGCACCAAGCGCUGGAAGCCCUCCACCAUCUACAUGUUCAACCUGACCAUGUGUGACACACUCUACAUCCUGACUUUGCCCUUCCUCAUCUACUACUAUGCAGAUGAGAACGACUGGCCCUUCAGUGAGCCGCUCUGCAAGCUCAUUCGCUUCCUGUUCUAUGCCAACUUAUAUGGUUCCAUUCUGUUCCUGUGCUGUAUCAGUCUGCAUCGCUUUAUUGGUAUCUGCUAUCCGGUCCGCUCACUCAACUGGGUCAGUGGCCGCCAGGCCAGGCUGGUGUCUGUGGCGGUGUGGGCCUGCGUGCUGCUCUGCCAGGCACCUGUUCUUUACUUCUCCCGAAUCAAAGAUAAGGACACAGGGAGGAUUUGCUACGACACCACCAGCCCAGAGCUCUUUGAUGAUUUCCUGGUGUACAGCUCAGCCAUUUCGGUACUGUUGUUUGCCCUGCCUUUCAUGGUGCUGAUGGUGUGUUAUGGCCUCAUGGUGAGGAAGCUUCUGGAGCCAGGCUGGGGGUCCCAAGGCGGGGCCAAUGGGCAGAGUCGAGGCCUGUCGAUGCACCGCACCAAGCAGAAGUCAGUAAAGAUGAUCAUCAUCGUUCUGGCAACCUUUAUGCUGUGCUUCCUCCCUUUCCACCUGACCAGGAGUCUGUAUUACUCCUUCAGAUACCUAAGGCAGGUCAACCCAGCACAGGUUAGCUGUGAAUUGCUGGAGGCGUCAAGUUUGGCCUACAAAGUGACUCGACCACUGGCUAGUGCCAACAGCUGUGUUGACCCCAUCCUCUACUUCCUGGCUGGGCAGGACAUCCGCAGUAACCUCACCAAGAAGAGCAGGCUUACAUCAUCAAAAGCAGGGAGUGUGAACACAGGCUUGACAACUCAACUCUGAUCCAGAUCAUAAAAGGAUCUCCUCUGGUGUAGAUGCCAUCCCCAAGCUGCUCAGGAGUGUACUUUGAAAUAAAACGGAUAGGCUCAGUUGUCUAUCACAAGACUUACAAGCACAAGACUUAUAAGGAAGAGAAUCCCUCAGAGCAGAAGUCUUUGCUAGCAAGAAUUAACACACAAUAUGUUUUGAUUCUUUAUGGAACUAUAAAUGUUGCUCAACUGCAGUACGUGAAAACAGAUCGAUCGCUGUUCUCUUCAUUUAGAAAUAACUUCACUGGAAC